AUGAAACCCGUCACUCACCUCAUUUUUGACAUGGACGGCACCCUUCUGGAUACUGAACCUCUUUAUACUACUGCAUUUAGAGAAAUCUGUGAAAGCUAUGGAAAGACCUUCACCUGGGAUUUGAAAAUGUCAAUGAUGGGUAGAAAAUUAGUGGAUGGAGUGGAGAUCAUGCGAAAAAGCCUAGACCUUCCAAUCACCAAAGAAGAAAUAGUGAAUCAAUGUGAAAUUAAGCUAAAUUCAUUACUCCCCACAUCUGUGCUGAUGCCAGGAGUUGAAAAACUAGUCCGUCACCUACAUCGACACCACAUACCCAUAGCUGUUGCCACCAGUUCAAUUCAAGAUGCAUUCGACAAGAAAACAACUAAUCACAAAGACUUCUUUAAAUUAUUUCAUCAUAUUGUGGUGGGAGAUGACUCUGAACUGAAGAAAGGCAAGCCAGAGCCUGAUAUAUACUUGAUUUGUUCUAACAGAUUUAAACCACCGGCAGCUCCAGAAAAGUGCCUUGUAUUUGAAGAUGCUCCAAAUGGAGUCAAAGCAGCUCGAGCAGCUGGGAUGCAAGUGGUCAUGGUUCCAGAUGAAAAAAUGAACAAAGAUCUCACAAAAGAAGCAACUCUAGUACUUAAGUCUAUGAAUCAUUUUAAGCCAGAAUUGUUUGGUCUACCACCAUUUCCCUGAGCAGUGUUUGAUUACUGUUGUUUUCAUAUAGUUGUGGGGAGAGAGAGACUACUUAUUCAGAGUGCACACAAAUCCUAGUGCAAGUAUAUGUUCUAUUUUAUAAUUAAUGUUAGAAGUAACCAUUUAUUCUCCAUUCAGAGCGUAUAUUACAGCCUCCUCAUUUCGGAAACACCCUUCCAUACUCCUAGAUCUUAGAACCA